UUUGAACAACUGACUACGGCGAGUAAAGUGGGUGGAACUUCCGGUAACUGUGCAGAGUCUCACAGUUGAACUACACGAAACUAAGAAAUGACACAAAGUUCAGUGGUUUCCUUUGCUGUUGGUUUAAUCUGAUUUAAAACAUUCAUCGUUUAACGGACAUGUUUAACUGACCGUUCGUUUACUUUGGCCUUAAAAUCAGCAAGCAGCUUUUAACUUGAAAAGUCCUCUUGUCGUGUCGCAUGGUAUCCGUUAGCCCUUGUUGUUGUUUAGUGGAAGCUAACUAGCCGUUAGCUCUUGUGUCGGUUGCUCGGGGGAAGAUGUCUGUGGAUGUGUCUCACGCUCUGCGGUCUGUGCUGGUCUGUGAUCGAUCCUCUUUCCUGGAUGAGAAGAACCGGAUCAGUUCUCAGCUGCAGCAGCUGCACUUCAACUACAAGGUGUCCCUGCUGCUGCCUGAGUGUAGCUCCGCCCCCUCUCACCUGGACUCUGUGUUAAAAAGCUUCAGCAGUUUCUACCUCAUCAGGAACAUGCCCAUAUAUGAACUGCUGGACAAACACUUCCUGGAGACGGCCGUGUACCAGGGAAGUGUGUCCGGUCUCUCACACAGAACCAGGAUUGAUGAAGAGAACUGUGUUGCUCUAAUGCCCAAUGGUCGUCUGUGUCUCUCACUGGACAAACAUUCCUUCCAGGUCUUGGGAGUUGAGGGGAAACCAUCGAAGUUCAACCACAAAACAAAGAACAGAUUCGUCGUAUCCGUGGAUCUGACCGACAGCAGCAUGGCUCCUGGUGGGCGGGGCUACGUCAGACUCCUCACAGGUCUGAGGUCACGACUUCACCUGAGGACCGACUUCCUGCUGUCACAUCAUCCAGGGGGUGGAGCCUCUCUGCAGCACCUCCUGUCUCGUUACGAUUGGUCGGAGCACAGACCUGAGAUCAGCAGUCGGGUCCUGACUGACCUGUCCUGUCCUGCACUGCUGUCCUCAGACCCGCAGCCAGGGGACGCUCACAGUUUCCUGGAGUGGCUCGGAGCCGUGGACGCCGACAUCAGCUGCGAGAACUCGUCCAGCAGCUUCAUGUCCUCGUUGGUCUGUCCCGAGCCGAAGACAAUGCUGGAUAAAGCUCUGAGCGUCUCUGUCUGUGGACUGCUGCGUCCUCAGGACGUCCACCGGCUCGUCCAGCAGCUCAGGCGUCACCUGGAGCAGCCGGGCCCGGCGCCCUGGGCGUCUCUGACGGUUCACGGUUUCGUGGACAGUCCUGUAUCUUGGGGGGACGGCGAGCACGGAGUCCUGAUAGGAGGAGAGAACUUCUACAACCUGCUGAUGUUCCAGGACCACACCUACCACCUCCACCUGGCUACAGGGUCACAUGACCCCUGUCCUCAGUGAUGACGUCAUCUGCCUCGAUCCUUUAGCUUUAUUGGAACUUUAAUCAGGUUUCGUUGUAUAAACUUGUUUCUCGUCAACUUAACAACUUAUUUAAGAUAAAACUGUUUAGAAACAAUAUAAAACAAUCUGAGGUUAAAACAAGUUAAAUUGAAAUAUAUCUUUUUUUUUAGAUUUUUGAAACUGAACUUUGGUUUAAAUAAUAAUUAUGAAUCGCAGCUCUGCUUUGAUAUUUAUGUUCAUGUUUAUGAAGGUAUCUGUCUGAGUCCGAGAACAUUUUUUUACUGAUUGAUUUGAGACGUUCUCUGAUAUUUAUUAUUCACGUUAAUAACUCGCACACAGAAUGAGCUCAUCUGUGAGCUAAAGAUCAAUUAGUACAAUGAAGUUUUUAUUCUUCAUGACUCAUCAGCUGAUAAAUUAUCUAGACACUUAGUUAUUUUGUCAUAAAUAUAAAAAUGUCAAUAAAUCUACUUCCAGUAUUUUCAGUAGUGAUGAGUUUUAUCAUUUGAUCCUUUCAAAAUAAAAUAACAUCACUUCAGACUGAA